AUGCAAUCAAAUCUUCGUCUCAUUCAGAGUGGUUUCGGCUUGAAUCAUGUGACAGCAGCCUCCUCCAAUUCUACAUCCGAACCACUCAUCUCCAAAGGAAUUGCCAUUGCCAUCGGAGUGGGCAGUUUUGCAUUCGUUUCCUUGUUGAUGGCUGUCAUUGUCAUUGCAGUGGUAAUUGUGGUGUUAAAAAAUCGAAAGAAUCGACACAAAAGAUAUUAUAAACAUUACCAGAGACAUUCCUAUUCAGCAAGCUCUGCGUCAUACUAUGAUGCGAAUGAGGUGUUGCCUGGAUAUUUGCGAUAA